AUGGACGUGGGUGCAGCGGCGGAUAAAACCGAGCAUUCACGCGUGCCGCACAUGACCUGGCCACUGGAUCCACACGUGCGUCGCUUCAGCAAGGGGCAUCGGACCUCACGUAAGCUCUGGUGCACGGCAGUCCGCUCUUGUUGGUAUCAGCGCGGCCACUCGUGCAUAUUUUCGUCAGUCUUUCUAGCAAAUCUUGUCGGCUUAAUACUUGCGCCGCCAAUAGCUGGGUCCCUGAUUAUUAGUACGAGGCCUUUUGUCGAGUGGCUGAAGGCAGUUAUGGCUCAGGCACACACGCGCGCGCUGUGACUGACAACAACAACAACAGUUGGCUCAUGGCAUGAUGAACACAAAUGCUGUUUCGACUUCCGAGCUGUUUUUUACGCCCGGCCGGUAGUAACUGUCCGACUAAUAUUAUCGCCCUGAAUUUCGAUCUGGGACCUUCUCGUCGUCGGCCUCCGUGCACCAACAAGUGCCAUUCAUCACGCACCAAGAAGAUAAGCCUUCAGCCCAAGCCCAGUCUUAAGAAAGACCGAAAUAUUUCGUCACUUAGUAACUAAACGUACCAAAAUCCUUAUUAUGUCGUGUUAGUCCCAGAACGCGUUUAUCCGCUUAUAGCAGGAGAGGAUUUGUUAAAUUAGCGUUUGAGCAGCUUUGCUCUUCCCCCACGCAAAACCCACUAGCCUGUCCAAGCUUGUGGGUCAACUGAUGAUGACGGUGAGCGCAGAGACUGGCGUGGCGCUAAAGUUCCGUCUGCAUUUCCGACACGAUCUUGCCCAAAAAUAAAAACGGCCACAUCCCAUAAGACGGGUUUCGGCAAAAAUGAGAUAUACAUACGCUAAAGCGUGGUACCGCGCGUGUCGAAACAAUGCUAGCGGACUACAUUGCAUGGUUGUUGCGUUAAUGGCAUGUACUGUUUGUUUAAGUGCUGGCGCGUGCACACGAAUGAUCGAGCAGGUCAUGCAUCAUUUAUGUAUGUUUAUAUAUGCGUGAGGUCGGACAGUGGGCUGAUGUCUGGGAGAGGGAAGGGGAGUAAGGUUGACCCCGGAGACUCCGUCCUCAUGUCAGCCGGCGCAUAUUGCUCAAUAUAAACAAUCAAGCGCGCUUUUGAAUUACCACGGCACAUCAAAAGACGUGGCUCGGAAGGCUGCAAACUGACGAGAUAACUGAGUCCUCCUCUCAGGACGCAGAACCAGGCUGCAAUGGCUCUCUCUCAACGUGGUCUUUAUGGUACUCCAGUCAACUGGGUUCCGGCCGCCCCCCUUUGUUGGUUGUGGGAAAUCCUGGUUCACCGUAAGCUGACCAGGCGCGUGAGACAUUUUUAUCUCUGUCAGCCACCGCGCUCCAUCCUGCCUCCAGUCAUUUUGGAUCUGUUUUGAUAAACGGCUCACGGGAGGGUGAAGGAGCGAGUACAGCAGGCACAGCGCAAGUCGUCUAUCACUACAAAAUAAGCCACUCGCAAGUCGCCGUACCUGUGCCUACCCUGAUAUGCGACACAUGAUGGUCAUCGUUGAUAACAACAGUCGAGGUGUCGUGUGUGUACGGCUGUAGUGGGCUGGACGCUCGUCGCAGGUGUUUGGCCAAUCUACUUUCGUCGAUGUAACUGGAUGGACGUUGAACGACUUCACUGUGACGAAAAUGCCCUAUCGCAGAGAAACUGUCCGUACUUAUCACGUACAAAGGGGCAGCAUAAGCCAUGCUAUCUGGGCUUGUCAAUGCAGGCACAGACGCAGCUGUUGCACAUUCCUGCAAGCUAUACACGGACGGUCCCAAACAAAGUAUAUUGAUAAACCCGAUGUAUAUAUCUACAUCGCUCCGUCCCGGUACCCCGUUCUUAUCUGUGGCUCCAUGCGGCCAUUCUCAGCACAACGGCCAAACCCCGAUAACCUGCAGCAUGUGUGUUCCUUCAAACCGGGUAGUUACUGACUAAUUUCCAUUCGCCUUCCCCAGUCCCGAACAAAAAGGUCUACGUCAUUCGCUAUGGAAGUUCGCCUCGAGGACAAGGCGAUCACGUAGUUAUUUCUCUCGAUUUGCACUUCUGCCUUCUCACGUUGGCUGAACGAGAUAAAAAUGCCAAACUUUACCGACGCAUUGGCCUUAAAGGCUUUGUAAAUAUCCACCUCCUUUUUUAUGCGCUGAAAAAACCUUUGACCUUCAGCAGUAUCUCCCGUUGAGCUAUGGUGGAUGAUCAUCGAAAGAAGCAUCAACAUGCUCAGUAACCUUGGUUCUACAAUAACAGCACACCCAAAGAACGGCUGUUGCUCAUGGACUCUUCUGAAUUUAAACCUUCCAAAAAAACCUGCUAAACUGAGAUAUUAAUGAGAUAGACCUGCCACCCAUGCUCAUGAUAGGGUGUAGGGAGUGCCCAGCUGCGGGUUAACCGCGUAGGGAUGGCUAACGCAACAUCUGAGUGAACCGCUCUGAACAUCUGAAUUUCUGCAUGAUCCUCCACAGUCCUUCGCGAUUCACCGUGUCAGAGGCUUUCGUCAGAUCCACGAAGGUAGAGUGGAGGUGGGUCCGCAUCUUCUGGCAUUUCGUCUGAAGUUGGCAGGCGGCAAAGAAAAUGUUUGUGGUCCCGCGAUGACAGCGGAAGCCGCGCUGGCUUUCUGGCGGACGACCAUGUUUUAGGUGGUUGUUCAGACCGUUUAGAAGGAUGCGAGCAAAGAUUUUCCCGGCGAUGUCCAGCAAGUAGCUGCCUCGGUGGUUAUUACAGAGUUGGCGGUUUCCUUUCCGUUUGUAUAGAUGCACAGUUGUGGCGCUUUUGAAAUCCUGCGUAACUUUUGCUUGACGCCAAAUCUCCUGGAGGAGCGCAGUCAAAUGACCCAUGAGUUGGGGCACCGUGCUUGUAGAUCCCAGCAGGGAUGGCUUCCGAUCCGGGCGCUUUCCCGCUAGCGAGCUGCUGCAUGGCCUGAUGGUUUCGUGGAGAGAGGGCGGGAGGUCAAGGUCGACGUUGGUCUCCACUUGCGGCAGACGGACAGCGGCGGCAUCGGAGAUGGUGGAGGGGCGGUUGAGAACACCUCGGAAGUGUUCGGCCCAACGCUGUAGAAUUUGUCUUCUCAGUGAGUAGGGUACUGCCGUCGGUGCUGAAAAAAGAUGUAGUGCAUUUGGCCGGCAGACGGCAGACAGCUUUGAUCGCAGUGCAGAAGGUCUUCCAUUUGUUGCGGUCCACGUACCCUUGGAUCUCCUCGGUCUUGCAAGCCAUCCAGGCGUCCUGCAUCUCACGCAGUCGCUGUUGUUCAGGACGACGACUGCGAUAGGAGGCAGCUCACACACACCGUCGGUUUCGAUGGUGUCCACCGCGUGCUCCAAAGCAAGGCGGGACAGGGACGGUGACUUGUGCGAAAGUUUAGUUUAUAGUGAUAGUAGACUUGCACAGCAUCUAACGCGCUCUCCUCUCCCCCAACUGGACCCGAUUUCAAGACAGAAUGAAGAAGACCGGAGGUGGGGGCGUGCCGCUGGAUGGCACGGUCGAGCUCGCGCCUUGGCGUCCACACAGCAAAUAACCAUCUUUUGAUUAACAACAGCAAUGGGAGGUGGCAGGGGUCCAGUGUGCGCGACGUACGCUGGCAAUCGGGUCCGCCACCGCAUCCCCGCACCCAGAAAUUUUGACAUUUGUUAUGGUGCGCGAGUCCGAUAACGCCUGCCAGAAUCCGAUAUAGCCCCGUGUUCGUCCAGCGCAUCUACCACGUGGACCGUUUGGGGUGCGCACACACACCAGCAACGCAGCAUCCCACGUCUCUUCUGUAGCAGGCUUGCGUACCACGUUUUCAUCGCCGAUAAGGCGGACGAAAUCCCGCAGAGAGUCCGUUUCGUACUUCAACGACUCUCUGCAAGAAGGCGUUUCGUCGGACGUCCAUGUGGACCAACUUCCUCUGCACUUUAAAGGGAUGAUCAUACGAAGAAGUCAUCAAACUCGAGGGCACACUAAGGACCCUGGGUAAGUUGGAAUACAGCCAACACACAAUUCCCUGUAAUUGACAGGAAAUAAAUUAAUUUCAGCCAGUCUGACUUCGUAAGCUGAUGACCAAGAUUCUUGGCCAUCUUCGCGGCCCUCACCUGCUAAAAGAGUUAGGAAUAUUGGUGUAACCACAAGUGGGUUUUUAAUCCGUCUUAGUUGUUUUGAACAAAGAAUUAUUUGGAGGUGCAAUUGAACCCAUAGGGUUUAUAGACAAUUUCAUUUGCGAAGACUUAGUAAACUGAAAGGAAGUAGUGGUUCGCUAAUUGGUAGUAAGUCGCAUUUCACUUGGCACGAAGUCGAAUUCAGAUCUUAUACCGCACUUUUCUGAAGGUAUGGCCCAAAAUAUUUGUCAGAAAGGCAUGUAAAAUGACAAUAAAGUAGAGAAGCUGCCGCUCAAAGUGAUUAAGAGGGAAUGGCGAACGUUGAAGAUAGGAUUACUAGAGAAUCACCUGACAUAGCUGCUACUUAUUUAGAAGCGAACGAAUGCGUUUAAGGGCACCUUGCAUGGUGGAGAGUCUGGGAGCUCUUGGCAUCAGUUGCUUUUUGCUCUCUUCCUAUCUCCAACUAGGCUGCAGCUCAACUAAACUUCAUACAGAACUGCUCACUAAAUUCCGUCACAAGUUGGGCAGUGCAAGGAUGUUCACCGCCGAAUACAGUUAGAAUGCAUAGAUUUGGCAAAAAAGCGCAAUUUGGCAAAAACAAAAAGGAAAUUUAAACUGAAAAUUAGCAAAAAACGAAGAUCUACGCGAUUUUAUUCGAAAAUCGACGGAUAUAAGUGCUUAAUCUCCCAGGAAAAGACGUAUAAUAGUUGUUUUUGGCAGUUUUGAAUAAUUCAUUUGACCCAACGAUGUAAACUCGAUGGUCCACGCAAGCAAGGGCAAGGCUUGAGUACGACCAACGUUACAGCCACCUGAGCUAUGAGACCCACCCGUGAGCCAUGAAUUAAAUCCCAUUUGGGUCAGGCUACCGCGCAGCCUCUACAACGUAUGAAAUCCACCAAUUCGAAUGCAGCAAAUCGACUGUCCAAGCAGCAUUUCUUAAGUGAGAUACCGACCAACAUUUUUUGUUGGAAAUCCAACAGCUCAGCUUUCGAACACCCAGGUUUGGGCAAAUGCGUUCUCGAAACUAUUAAUUUUACGCUCUGAGUCGUAAUUUGACGUUUUCAAAAAUCUGACCUAGGUGAUGCCCUGGCCUACAUUUAAGAGGCCGACGCAAAUGAGGCUUCCGUCUUUUAUGUUCUUUAUAUUCGAUUUCGUUCUUAAAAGUCAAAUAUACCCUAGCUGGUCGUAGAAAUCACACAUUCCGCCUUCCGGCAUGCACGGUCGUUCAAAAUUAAUUGCUCAUUGUCAGCCAAGAUACGCGUUCCCGGCAGCUUAAAAAAUCUUGGAGAUCAUGGUCAAUAAUAAGAUAAUAUGCCACUUAAUAGACAAUAACAUACUGAGUGAGGCUCAGCACGGAUUCUUCAAAGCUUUGUCUUGCGACAGCUACCACUUCUAUUUCGUCGGCCACGUUGCACACUAUGGAGCCAAUGUUUUUCUCUUUACACUACCUGUUUCGGUUUUACUAAUACUCCUGUUCAAAAUUUUUUAUUUUAUCUAUCCUCUCGCAAACAUCGCGUCCAGAUUUUCCUUGUUAUCUCCAACUCACCAUGCACAAGGCGUAGAUUUAUUCAAAAUAACGUGCUCGACCUGUUCCUUUCUUUCAUUUCCGUCAAUGAUGCCUCAGAUUUAUUUCAGAAUUAUAGUUGUUUUCUGUAUGUUGAUAAAUUAAAAGCAAGCAUGUGUUUCGGUCGAUUUUAAGCCAUUUAUUUAGAGCUAACUGUGAAAGAUUCGUUGACCUCCGUGGAAUCUGAACCCACUACAGUAAAAUAAAGGCUUGAGUGGAGCUAAUAUCCUAGUCAUGUGAGCCAUAAGGUCUCACCGAGAACCGUGAGUUUAAUCAUAUUUGGGUCAAAUUAACCGCCCAACCUACUGACAGUUCGCCCGUCGCGUUCGAAGAUGUCGAUCUUGUGCCCCAUGGCAAUGUGAGAGUGGGAAAGGUGACUCGGGCGUGAGUUGGUUUAUAAUGAGGGAAGACUUGCGUGACAUCUACCGCACUAUCUCCUCCCCCUGAGUCAAAUGCCAAAACAUAGUUAAGAACACCUGAGGCGCGAAAGGGUGCAGGUGCCUGAAAUGGCCGGACCCGCAUCUAGGCGCGCCAACACACCGCAUGGUCCACAACAAACAUCUGACCAGGAUUUUAACAAACGACAAAAACGGAUCAGAAAGAGGAGAAUGACACAAACUACUGGGAAACCACACACAUGGCCUGGAUGCCCACCAGGAGCACAAGCGCAUCUACCGGCAGGGGACUUGGUGUGCUAGGUGUGUCGAUACUGCGCUCCGAUGUUAUGAAUACGCAUCCGACCGAGUAGGCCCAUAAGACGAAUGAGUGUGCGUGGAAACCUUGCCAGCACCAGUCCCGCCGAACCCCCUAACCCCCUGGGGCUUCAGAUAGCGACAAGGGUCUAUACAGGGACUGAAUGCGGGGUUGCGGUUUGGUUUUCGACGUAGCAGCAUCCUAUUGUCCCUCACAUGAAAAAAGCGCAGCGGGACGCCUUCUUUCCGUCUCUCCUCGCCCCCGUUUUAAGAUACCGACCAUGUUGCCCUCAAUAUAAUGUCCUACACAUGGCGCAGCGUAGCCCAGCAUCCCUCAUGUGACCCAAACGUAUGUAGACGUCCAAGUGCAUCCGCGCUUAACUCUCUCCAUAACGGCAUUAGACAAUAAACGCAAUUAAAUGACAAGAAGUAGUUUAUUGGUAACAAACCCUCCACCAAAGCACGCAGUCAACCCUCAUCGACUGUACCUCCUGCAUACAUCACUCUCAGUGGCCGUCAAGUUUAUUUCCCCGAUCGUUUAUUUACUCGUUUUUUCUAGACUUAUGCAUAGCCUCCAACGCCGUAUUACGUCGCCCUCCGGUCUUGACGGGAGGUACAGUGGUGAGGUAUCGGACUAAUUUGCCUUAGACAAUUUAGUCCCGCUUUCUUUGUUUGGGUUGCUUGUUUGAAUGUGACGAAAAACAACAUACCUAUACAACUCGCUUUGCUGGCCUGCUUAGCUGUCGCACUCUGUUAUCAGGUUACUUGACGUUCAGAAUUUCUAUAUUAUUCACCGGUCGGUUUUUACUUGCUGCCUUUAAUGCUAGGGACUCGUGAGAUAUAAUUUGUUAGUUCAUGAGAACAUUACCGUUCACGUCAAAACACACAAUAAAAUAGAAAGCGAUUUGAUAUAUGCAUUAAGUAAUUGUGUUAACACGUUUACUAAUGACAAUAGUUGACUAUUGUAAUUUUGUCGCCGCAGACGUUUUGCCGGAGUAAAAAAUAAUUGCCCGGUUAAAAAAGUAUUACUUCUAAUACAGUGUAAAUUCAGGAGACAGUAAAAGGAGAGAAAAACACCACCUCGUUGAAAAUGGUCAUUUCAACUUGUCAACUUGUGGUUACCAACGGGAUAGUACAUAAAAACCCUAAAAUGCGAAGGAAAAUUAUACUACUUAAACAGUUGCAAGUAACGACAUCACUAAAUGAAACGAUGUUUUUUUCUAUCCUUUAAACCAUUUCUAUGGCAUUUAAUAUAUACCUUCUAAGCUAAUAUUAUAUGACUUAUGAACACGAUGCUAUUGGUAACAUUAACGUACAGAUUAAGAAUCAGACUUACUGUGUCCUUGGACGUAGAUAAUGCUGGAAGGAGCUCGAAUCGGUAGUGCCUUUGGACACCAAAUGUAUUGUUGAGAACAAAGUGAAUAUUAUUUACGUACUUUCCCGAUGCUGUUCCGAUGUCUUGCUCUGCCGCCGUACUGGUCUUUUGACCCAUGAAACCAAUCGAUUGCACUUCUUCCAACUAGCUGCACAGCAUGGCCUCUGCGGUGUGAAAAAGAAACAGACUAACGACUAAGAAUAGGGUACAAUUGGAAGCCGGAGGACGAGCAUUUUUCUGUAGAACCACCCCAGCGGAAGUUGAGACACAAGGGCGGUCCUAACAGAGCGCUCAGAAGGUGCCGUACAAACUCCUUCUUAGUGCGGCCCCCCACAAUAGUAAGCUAGUUAACCUGUUAAAAGGAAAUAGUUACUUAAUUUGCAUAUAUACGUUUUCCCGCUUCCCCACACUGUGGCUAAGUAUGCAGUCUAGCGAGGAAGUCUUCAUACGCCUCAGUGGUGCACAAAGGCAGAAACACUGGAGAUGCUUUGGUUUGGACAAGCACUGCGGACUGAAGUAUGAAAUCCACAGAAUCUGAUACACCAAACUGACUGCCCAAGAAGGAUUUCCUAAGUAAUCAAUCAAGAAUCUGCCAGAUGAUAGCCAAGCUCACGUAAAUGAAUGUGAUUAAAAUCACGAUUCUCGGUGGUCUUGUAGUUCAGGUGGCUAGAUCGCUGGCUGUAUCCGAGGCUUCGCCUUUCUAUAGCGCUGUCGAAUCCCGUUGAGGUCGCUGAUAUUUUUACAGUUGGGCCAAGAUAAAUCUGUAGGUUUCCUGCCGAUAUAAACUAUCAAAUUGCGACCCUAUGCGCGGAAUUCCGAAAGGCGACCCCAAGGCUUUUGUCACUAGGGGCUGAACGUGGCGGCUUUUACGCUUUUGGCACGAAUACUCGGUUAAGAUUUUCGAUUAUCAUUAUCUGUCUCAUCUGAGCAUUGGCGGUCACUACACAAAUAUGCAGGAUUUAUUAAGAGUUUACGAAAAUAAUACCUAAAGAGUCUCCGUCGUUCAAAGCGUUGCGCCUGGUUUUAUCCUCCAGAAUCUUCAAGUUGGUAAUGUUAGAACUUACCUCCAUAAAAUACACCUUAGACUUGUUAUGGAAUACUGUUCAUUUUUACUUUGCUUUCUGUACGCUGGUAGUCGAAACAAAAUCGAAUUCGUUCGGCCUCUCCUUCUCACCUGAGUCCCAACCCUAGGAGACCGAAAUUUGACUUACCAGGUGAUUUAAAAUGACGCCCAUGAACUGGCAUGUAAUAAUAUUAUAAUUAUUGAUUCCCCGCUGCAAAAAACAUCCCUGUACAUUCCUUGUAACUGCGUCUGUCUAAAGAAGACCGAAUAAAAGAAAUUAUUUUUUCCUAACCUGUAUGGUAUUUCCAUGAAAUUAUCUGGCUGAGGUGACUUUAUGUCUCAUUCUGUGGAAACCUUUAAACAUCGUCUUAAGAGCCGCUUGCUGAAACAGAAAACGAACAUUGUAGCCACAUAACAUAUUAACAUUCGUUAUUAUGCAAUUUUAUGUUUGGCUCGAUGCGAUAAUUCGGCUUUCUUGUACUGUUGCCCAUACUUCUAAUAUACGUAUAUGUGACAAUCGGGAGAUCAAAGACGCAAGCCUAGUUCCACCAACUACGGUGAACUAAAACCCUCAUCGGGAGGAAUGAUGAACUCCGUGUUUGAUAUGAAUGGUACCACCGUGUUUUUUACUCAACGGAAAGAGGGCAUUUUUUAGUUCUAUGCUAUGUUGUUCUACAUGGUUUUAAUGCCUUUCUGGAUCUUGUGCGUUUUUCGGUACAUUGGUUUCGUUUUUGUAAUUAAUGCGCAAACCGUGUCUGGAUUGUGCCAAUCAAGCUGUAUCCUAGACUUCCCGCAAACGUAUCACACGGUUAUACAAAAUCCCAUCAAGAUUGAACUCUCUUCCCAGGCAGAACUAGAAAGAGCCAUGAAAUGUUAGGGACAGACAUCAUAAAGUACUCAAACAUUAAAGGGAAGUCAGCAGACAAAUAAAUUCCAGUUGUUAAACACCUUUUAAAAAGUAAGUCUAGCCACUGUUGUUUAUAGGCUACGGUACGGCAUCCCUUCGAAGAUCGGAGCAUGAGGCAUGGCAGGAAAACGCUGUUGGAAUUUGGUCGGCUGAGUCACUCAACAGAUUAACUACUUUUCGCGUUAAUCUUACAAAAGACAAGGAGGGAAUCAGUGAAUAUAUUUAUAGAUUAAUGAAGUGCGUCACCCUCACUGUUUUGCUUAGGGUCUUCAUGAGCUCCUUGUAAGCUCUUUACAUAUUCGAACUUCCAUUUUCAUUCAAAUUUGAUUUUUUGCCAUCCUAUGUAUCCAACAGCUCUUCCCCCUUAUUCUUGCGCCAAUCCAAAUCAGACGACUUUAACUGCUAGAAAUAGACUACGGGUGACACAGUGGGCUGCACAAUAGUUUAUAAAUGUGGAAAUUUCAAACUUUAAAUUUUCGUUUUAAUCCUCCACUUACAAGGACGUUUGGGGUCCUUUAGUUUAGAAAGGUUCACCUCUCACCUGUGUCAGAUUCAAAGGGGAGGUUGUGUAUCCAAUUAAUAAAGUUCAAUUUUCUGCAUGGUAUAGGUGUAAUACAAAAUGCAGUAUGAAUAUUGAUGUUGUUUUUAAGACACACCGUUUAUCCUCUGGCAGCUGGAGCGUUUAUGACCCCUCUUUUUUAUCCUGUCAUGCACGCCCCUGAAGGCAUUCUUAAAUACCUACUCUUCUUUCUGUGCUGUCCUCUUCUGUCUUAGAAGACGUCAGCAGAUGUAUUGUGUCUGUGAACGUAUUCCUUCUAGCUGAAUUUCCACAGUGAAAAAGGAUGUUUAGAGAACUUAACUAUUGGAAGGACUCUCUAAGACUCUCUAAGACUCUAUCUAAGAAUAGCUAUAUAUAUUUUGAAGGAUAAACAUAUUUUGAAGAAUAUAUAUAUAUACAUUGUCAGAAAGGAAUUGGCGACAUUGCUUGUUGCUAUUUACGGCGGUCCAACCUUUAACUUGUCAUGUGUACUCCAAAAUAAUAUUGGUUAUGCGAGGGAACUACUUUAACUGGUUGCUUACAAUUCCUAGUUAAAGUUUGCAUGAUCGGGAAAAAAAUAAUGUGCAAUGUACUCUAAAUUUGAUGCUUGCUUAGGCUUCUAGCUUAAAGGCGUAGUAAUUCAUAAAACAUACUUUCUUUACUGACAGAACCAUAUGGUUCAUGGAACAAGUUGUAAACCAGUGGUUUAACGAGGUCUCUGAACCGUACGUUGAACCGUUACUUUUAAAUGACUAAUAAACCCUAGGUGAAAUGCCUGCAGUUCGCUCUAAUGCUUACCUCAAUGACAGAGGAUGAAACAGUUUAAAUAGUCGUCUACAAUCCGUCACACUCAUUCAGUGCAUUUUGCAAGUUAAAAAAAAAACAAGAUAAUUUGUGCUCAGAUUACAUUCUUUUGUUUUCUUCAAGUUCAGAUUAAGUUUUUAUUUUUAGAUCAUAUUUUCGGUUCGCUUGUCAGAUGUCACAGAAAAUCGGUAAUAGUAUGCAAUAAUCACGUUUGGAUUGUCUCAUUUUGACUUUUACUUUUGCCUUAGUUUUUAAUAUUUAAAUAUUUUGCUGAUUUUGCAUUUGACAUGCAACAGCUCGACAGUUUUAUCACAUGAUUUGGUUUUUUUCUCGAACACGACAGGAGCUAAUCUUCAUACUUCCCUAUGCAAGUUGCGGUUCUUGCUUGGAAAGUGGCGCGGCGUCGGAAUCGGAAGAGGUGGACCGAGCGGCCAAUGGCCAUAUGAGGAGUUCCUUGAAAUAUCUACGACUGGUCAGCCGUGGAUUUCGUAUGUGUAUGUGCUAGAAUUUUGUCAACAAUUGAUUUGGCUGCAAUCAUUGUAUUUUCCAAAUAGUCUCCAACUAAUGUACAUAAAUAUUUUCAAUGCGCAUACCUUUUUCGCUAAAACCAAUAGACAUAUGUUGAUCUGAGCUUUCCUGCUCCCUGAUAGCUCAUGUGUCGUGACUGAUGAUGUCCAUCUUGUACUCCACAGCAGGAUUAGAACAGGGACGAUGACUUGUGUGUGAGUUGAUUUAAAAUGAUGGUAGACUUGCGUGGCACCUACCGCACUCUCGCCCCCUCCCAAGGCUGAACCUCGUGUCAAAACAGGGUAAAGAAGACCGGAGGCGGGAUAGGGUCCAGGUGGCUGGCACGGCGCGAACCCGCACCUAGGCGUGCCACCACACCCCCUGGUCCACAACGUACACUGAGCAGGGUUUCACGUUGGAAAGAAGGGGGCGGCUCAGAUCCCACUAAAAUGCCACAUUUAACAAGAACCAUUGGAGCCUGACUCUCAGUCUGCCAGUUGGCCACUGGGCUGACUGAAAGGUCCAAGUUAUUCACUCAGUUGGUAGUAUUUCAAGCCACGGCUUUUCGAGGUCCGUGAUAGAUUCAAGCGCGUCAGAUUGUUUACCAUGAAGAAAAUGCGCUGAGAUGACGAGCUCGUUCUCUUUCCCAUUCCCAGACCCCAGCCACUGUCCGAGCCGGUCAGUUAUUUGGUGCGGGGAAUGGGCGUAGUGACUGACACAGCAACUGACCUCGCCUGCGCGCGCCGCAUGCACGACCCGGUCCUCCAAACACAGGCACCAGGAUUACACACAAGGGAGGUGGGCGGCAUGAAUCUCACAUUCAUUAGAGUGCCGGCGGUCAUGUUAACAAGGAGCCACUGCAGUCUGGAUCUUAGUCCACCAGCUGUCCACUCAGCGCAAACAUACACUGGGCUGACUGUGAAGUAUAAAAUACAUCUUCAGUUGGCAACCUUCCAAGCCACGGUUCUUUGUGCGCCGUGGUAAUCCCAGGCUCGGACUACUCAUGCAGCAGAGGAGUCACGUGAAAAAGGAGCCAAGAAACUCACUUCCCACUUGCAUGAAAGUUGCCAAUUACGUGCUGGCGCCAUAUUAUUUUGGGUGUGGUCGUGUGUGUUGUUUAUGCUAACGAGGAGAGAUGUGGUGGUAUGGUAUAGCGGGCGUUUUUCCACUGGUUUUCAUUAUGUGUGAGUGAAUGUGUGUGCGCUAUGAGGGUGGGUGCGACGAGUUUAUUUCGGAACUUCGGGCCCUGGUGCACCGGUCACAAUGUGAUGGACUCGCAGGUAACCGACCAGGCUGAUGCGUGAGUUGAAUGUGCAAUCACAAUGUUUACGGGUUGAGGUCGAGUCUCCAUUGCUGAUGGUGGGGACUGUAGUGAUGAAAGUACUAGUUGACGGGAGGUCGGGUGUCGUCUCAUCUUUGGUGGUAAGAGGAAAAGUGAUGGUGUUGGUAGAGCUGGUCGCUGUCAUUGACGCAGGGUUUGGAGCAGGGAGGAUGGUGCCGAUAAUCGAGGGCGGCGGAACAUCGGUGUUGUGAUCAAAGGUGAUGGGUGUAGUCAUCGUAGGGUUUGAGGCAGGGCUAACAAUAGGAGGUUUUCGUUGAUGAAUGUUGCCGGGUAGUUACAUUGCGUUCAAAGGUGUCCCAGCGAGCUCAAUUUGCGCGCAGAAUGUGCGUUGACAGCGUGAGCAUGGUGGAAGCGGUUGGCUAUUGAGGUUGUGAAUCCGAGGUGCUUGUGACUUGCUAGUUGCCCUUAGACUUUAACAGUGGGAUAUCUGGCUUGCCUCGUAGAUUGUUGCGCCAGUCUUCACGGCUCUUCUCCAGGCCCUUUCAGGCCUCCGGCUUCGUAAGCAGUCGCUUCAGAAAGUUCUUUAGAGUAUCCUGGUAACGUCUUUUCUGUCCUUCCUGUCGAUGAGCACCCGUAGCGACAGCAUCGUAGACCAGUCGUUUGGGUGAUCGCUCAUCGCUCAUUUUCGCUAGAUAGCCACUCUAUCGCGGUUCCGGUUGCCUCCGCGUGGCGUCGAGGCUAAGGAGUCCGGUACGUUCCAGGACUUACGUGUCCGGGAUCCUGUCCUGCCACCGCAGCUUCUGGAUACGGCGGAGGCAGCGAAGGUGGAAGUGAUUGCACCUCCUGGCAUGGCUGGAGUAGACGGUCCAGGUCUUCGAUCCGUGAAGAAUUGUCGUCAAUACGACGGCCUUGUACAUCUUCAGUUUGGUAUUCAGUUGGAAUCGUGGCGAUUCCAUAUGGAGACUUGCAGGCGGUCGAAGGCCUGCCUGGCUUUGGAGAUCCGAUGGGCAACCUCGUCGUCGAAUUAUUUGCCGCGCAAGAGUGUGCGUCCAAUAUAAGCGAAGUUACCCACUGUUUCAAGUUAUUUGCCGUUGGCAUUGAUUUGAGGAUUACCGUAUUCCGGACAGAAACAGUGCCUACCAGUUGAGACGCAAUACGACAGUACGUUAUGAUAAUAAUGAGAUUAUCUCUUGAAAACUAGUAAAAUCAGGGACUUUUGCCCAUAAUGACAUUUCUUUUAAAAGUUUUAUUUAACCUGAAAAAUUGGUGAAGAAAAUAUGUCAACUUUACAAAUGGAUUGCUAAAUUCGGUAAAUCUAAAAUAAAUGCGCAGAACGGGUUUCCUUUCCCAGUGCUGUUUUUGGGGUAUCUUGACAAAUUGUUUUUUUUAGUUUUGUGUGACCUUUUCAUUUAAGCAAUUGUUAAACAUAAACUUUUAGGCCGCAGCUGAAACUUAAACUAGUGAAGGCAGAGUCAUCUUUAUUUUCUCCAACCAAUAUACCUAGUGGGUUUAGCAUUCCGCCGACACUUUCUCAUUCUGGUCACCAAAGAAUAAUAGAAAAAUUUGUCUCAAGAUGUAUGUUUGUACUUAUUCACCAAACAAUGCUCUGCUUCAAAAUGGGCCCCAGAAAUCAUGUUUACAUUUAGAUUGAUCGAAGAAAAAAGAUGUGCUUAUAUUUAGGGCAUUUAGAGUUUUCAACCAUUUGAAUGGAAUGCUAAAGUAAUGGAAAUUCGACUUUAUCACUUUUCCCCAAAAUUAAGCGGAAACGGUAUCAAAGAUGGCUCCCCCAGACACUGCGAAAUGGGCUUCUUUAGAUGCCAUACGGACGGCCAUGUGUCAAUGUGCCUUACGGACACCCUUGGUAUGCCUGAAAUACGCAUCUUACGUAUUGACUUUUUGAUGCCAAACAUUGAAUUUCCAUUUCUUUGUGUUCGUUUAUGUGCGUAUGCCAACAUAUCAAAGCGAAAUGACACGAAAAUAGCGGCGAGAUACUAGAAACAACCGGCAAUAUAACAACCUAUUACCCUCCAACCACCAUCUCUGCCGUUUUGAGCCGUUUAAACCACUAAGUUUUACCUAGAUUGCCAAACAAUGUCACUUAGAAAAAUCGAUAAGGUUACUGUCUAAUGGACACGGAUUUAUUCUGAUUUUUUUCACAAUUGUCAAAAGUGGUCGCGAAGAAAGCUCGACAAAAGACAUUCUGUCCUUGCAACGUGAAAUCAUGGAGCUGUUCGUGCCCCGUGCUAUAGCAUAACGCACAAGCGGGCGCCGGGUGCCCAAAUGUGCCUUUAUUUUCACCACAGCAUGCGAAGGACUGGGUUUUGCCAAAAUGGUGUUCGUUGACACCCGCUAUUUGCUGGAACUUUUAGAUUACCAGAUAAUACACUCGAUAAAAGGUCAAUUAUAAGCUUCUAUACAAUGCUCAAUAUCGGAGACCCCUACGAGACAACUACUCGGAAAUAAACCAAGAAAGUGACCCAGAGUGUGUUUUUUAAAGAGUUGAUCGGUACCAGAGUUAGGCUUUGCGUUUCUUAGGUGCUUAUUUGAUUAUUCAUAACUAGAUGCCAGUAUGUAAGUUGCAAGCGCUACCGUAUCUGCUAAACGAAUUGUCAGUAGAUGAAAUGACAUCAGGUUGACUCCUAUGUCCGUCCAAAUAUUCUUUGUCUUAUCAACCUUAAUCGGCAUCUCUCACUUCUGCACUUUCAACGGUAAUAACGUCUGAGAAGGACUGAUUUGCAGCUUUUCUGAACAUCUAAUAAUAAUAUAGCACCGUAGGACAUGAUUGUGUAGUUCUCAGAUUCGUGUUCCCCCUGGGCGAUCUCGACUGGGUCAUGCGAUAGCCGAACAACAGCCCGUCCUUGUGCAUCCUAACCAGUUUUCAACUAGCAGCCUUUUUCCGAACUAUCAUUGCGGUUGAUAGAGGUCGAAUGACUUCUUGCCGUUGAGUUUGCAUUUUUCAGCCGCAUUAUCUGAGUGGCCAUGUUUGUGACUGUCACUCAGAAGAACUCAGGAAAUCAGACCGUCAGUUUUAAGAGACCUUCAGUCUGCUUGAUACUUAACCGUUACCUACCUUAGAGUCGUUAAUUGCCCCAAAAAAUUCCAUAUGGAUAUUCAUUGUCCCUGGAGAAUUCUCAGAGUCGACAGUGAUUGACCUCCGGUAUAAUGCAGUGAGGUUCCUGUACAUGUACGCAGUCAACUAUGUGGUGUAGCGAGUAUUUGAUGUGGUGUCAUAUAAUUUGUGGUUAAUUUGAAGGUUUUCUGAAAUUUGUUGUGCCUUACAAAUCAUAGAUUUGGCAACAAGAUACGCAGAUCUUGAAAGGGAGCCAACCACCUAUUUCUCUCAUUGUUGCGAAGUGCAUGUGAGAAAGACUGGAUUUAAUUGAUUUUGAGUUUAUAAUCUCGCAAAACCCCCUUUGAGGAGCUUGGAGGACGACCACAGUUAUCAGCCCAUAAAUCGGAGGACCAAUCGACUUUCCAUGACCUGUUGUGUGUGGUCUCAUCAUACUUAAAAAGAAGACCUUAGUUUGUUCUUGAGAUCCUGUCUGUGAUUUUCCUGGCAGCAUUUAAGCGUCGGGCAUCUUGUCGUUUCCGUGGACUGACAUGAAAUGACUCCACCAUCUCACACGGCGCAAUUUUAGCGCCUUUGGGACGACUCCGGAAAAGGUCGACUGCGUGUAUCGUCAUUCGGGAACCUAGUUUGCGAUCACGUAGCAAACGUUUUCAUCAGAAAGGAGCCAGAACGUCCACAUCCUUGAAGGACUUCGUUACCACGCUAUAGCUCAUUCUGUGAACUUGGGAAGAAACGAGUUCUCCUUUGUGAUGACUUAUGGUUGGCCGACUCGACGAGGGUUUUACAAAUGACGCUCCGCAUUCUCUCAGCACACAGCCGACUUUGUGGUUUUUAAUAGCAGACUUGAUACCUAUCCUGGUGAAAUCUGUCUCCUCAGAUCAUAGAUGGCAGUCACAUUUUGGAGUCUCAUGGGUACACACUCAUAACCCUGUUAGUAUAUUCCCCUCGGAAUCGAGUUUGCGAACUUGAUGCAAAUUCUUCGGCAUAUACCUUCGCAGAUUCUGUUUAAACCUUGAUAUAAAUAUUUGAACUGCUGUCGAUCGGUUUCAGCGAAAUAACCGCGGAAUAUUUACAUCCCGCAAAAAGCAGUCAGUAGUGUAUAAAUACUGAUUUACUUUCCAUACGCCAAACACGGGUGUUAGCUAAAAGACCACACGUUUCGCCAUUUUAUGCCGCCUCCUAAUGCAACUGCGAGGGUUUCGUCUCGUCAAUGAACCUUUCUGAAUACCCCGUAGGCUGUAGUGCGAAGUUGAAAAAACAGUUGUCUGAGUUCAGGUUAGUAAACGUAAGAGAUCCGGACUGUCGGUGUUCAGGGCUUGCCGGAUCCGGUGAGCCCCGCACAUUUGUCAUAUGUCUGUGCGUUUAUCUACCACCCAUCCAGGGAGCGGCAUACAUUGUUAAAUACCUACAAGCCCUUUCUUUAUGAGCUGGCUGAAUAGACGAAUUUCCCCUAAUAUGUUUAUUAGAGACACGCAUCUUCGUCAGUUCGUUCGGAUACUAAUUUCCCGCACACCUCUGAGGAUAAAGCAGAGUGAAAAGUUUCUCAAACUAGCGCCACAAACCCUAUUUUCACCCCACUUGUCGACAAGGUUGGGAGAGUAUUCUCCGGUGUUUUCAGUGGAGCUACGACAAUAAGAUCACACUAAAUCUAUAGGUUAAACUGAUUGUAUUAAUCGAUAGAAAGGCCAUGUACUUACCAAAAUCUGUAAUGCAACGCCACUAUUUUACUGGCUUUCUUUACCUGAGCAAGGGCUAUUUGAGAAACAAUAAGCCCGACCUCUGACUUCCUUUGAUAGAGUUUUGCAGUUUUGGAGGAAAGUGUUGCAACUUUUUACGGAACAAAUGAACUUUGCUAGAGUCGCGAUUUUGACUUUUUAAAGAAACGUAUACACUUUCCCUAGGUAAUGCAUACUUGCUAAUGGGCAGGCUGCAGGAGGACGAGUCAGCACCCUCAACGUUCACUCUGACGACAGAAUCUGUUGUUUCUCCCUUCUUUGGUAGACAACCUCGCGUGACCAAGGUUAGUUAAAGCCCUUUAGAAAAGCAAGUUACAGGCACAUGAUUUUUGUUUUAGAAUUAUUUGAGACAAAUUCAUUUUACAGUUCCUUUCUUAGCUUUGUCUGCACCUACAUAUAUGUUUGUGUAUCGAGUGUGGCGGCAAGCCUUGGCGACACGCCGGUCGCGCCAGCCACCUGCUCCCCUCUCCCUUCUUUGGUAUUGUCGACUGUGUAUUGACACAGGGUUUAGGUAGGGAGAAGGAGAGAGUGCGGUAGAUGCCGCGCAAAUCUACUAUUGCCAGGUCUUGCGGCAUGCGUGGGUAACCCGUUUUACUUUGUCAGCCGUAGCGACCAAACUCACCCCAGGUUGUCUUUUCAUCGGAACCAGGUGGGUGGGGAAAGGGGAAGUUACGUAGUUGCAGCGCAUGUGAAGUCCGCCCCAUUAAAAUAAAUUUACGUGUAAGCUAGCCCCGCGCCCACCGUAUGGAGAAGCGGAAGACGUCACUUGCAAUGGUCAGACUGUUGUUCGUGUGUUUUAAAACAAUAUGUUCGCAGUAUUAAAGAAAUGCCGCGGAGUUAAUUGCGGGAGACACGACCUUCUUAAAACCAACUCGGAAAUCUUAAUGUAUCUUUGAACCCCUAGCUGGUUUCUUUUUGGGAGUAUGAUGGAACCAUUUUAAAACUGGAAAAGUAUGCAUUCCUGACUGUUUCGAUGAGCAGCGUAAGCUCUUUGCAAAAAGUCGAGUUGUGCUUAUGAAUUUUCAAGCCCGUGAUUCCAACCUGUCGUCAAACAGAGUACAACAGAAGUUGUGGGUUUACCACACUAGAGCGAAGGCAGGCGGGAAGCUUUAGGAGUGGCGGGUGCAGAACGCGAUGUUUGGAUAAAAGCGUGAUUGUACUGACGGAUUAAAAGAUUGGAAGAGAGAAUGCCGGCUCAGUGAUAGUCUGGAUGACUGGACAUGGAUUACCAAUUGCCGUUUCACGGUGGACGCAGAGGACCAGUAAGCCACGCACGUGGGCCUUAGUAGUGAACGUUCCGGUCGAUACUGCCUGUAUUGGUGGCACCGAGUCUCAAAGGGACUAUUUCGCCUGUUUUUGUGUUUGCCAUGACGAUCACUUCAACAUCGUCUCAUUGAAAGCGCUUGUCACUUUUGAGUGCGCGCACAAAGAGUGACGACGGGCCAUGCCAACGACAAUCGACCUGCGUUCGUCUGAAUGAGACCCCAGACUGCCAAUGUAAAUGCAGGAGCCAUUAGUGUAUUAAAUAAGGUAAACAGCGUUGGCCCCCUUGUUCCUUAGGAAUGGUAUCCGCUAACCGAGAAAGGGCUUUUUGAAAGGAAAAACUAGCUUGUGGACGGUGCUGAUACCAAACCGAUUUCAAUACCGGACGAUCACUUCAGAGUUUCCUUGUCCAUACGACAGGCCGUAGAAUUUUUCAGUGUAAUUCCUCCAUUAGGAAUAAUGCCUUGUCGCCGAUUCUGACGUCUGGGAUUGUUUUUCUUCAAAAAAAGUGAUCGCAUGUACACUGAACUAGAACAACCGAUAACGUUAAGCCAAUUCUUCUUAAGUUAGGUCGUCUCAGUGCAGUAAAUGCCCAGCGAAAAGAGCGGAGGCACAUCUUUUGUCGACUAAAGGUGGUUGCUUCCGUAAGUGUGUAUAGUCACGCCAUCGGAAAUUUUCCUGUAUAAACAUGCUGUACACCUAUCGUCCGCCAGUUUUCGUAUAGUUAUGAGAGCUAGAUACGGGAGACCGUUUUUGUUGCAUUUUGAGUAAGUCUGAUGCCUAGAAAGGUAUUACCCGGCCUCUGGUGCAAUUGUAAGACUUAGAAGUUCUCUGCUGAAACGACAGAAUAGGGCAAAUUUACACAGAACUGUCUCGAGUGUAUCUUGUCUCGAUUCAGCCAACCACAGCUCUGCGCAACGCACAGGUGAUCCGCAGACAGGAUCUACCAGAUUAGUUAUAGGCGUUUCAUCGAGCCGAAGACCUUCAGUAGCUUGCCACCUGGAAUUCUCUAUCGCUGUAGAUGUGGCAUUAAUUGAAGCGGGACAGCGAUCUAUUGGUUUCCCAAUCCGCUGUCAUAGCUUGGCUGAUUAUGGUCUGGCAGGUGGUCGUUUAUUCGUAACCUCUGCCACCCAUUCGGGGCCUGUUUGCGUCCACCAAUCAGGUUACGGGUCAUGCUCCUCACGUUGUGCCUUGGGGCUCAAUCUACAGCCCUCGUUGGCAGUCACACAUUGGAUAGUAAUAUAUACGGGAAACUACCGACAAAGACAAGGCAACUGUGACAGCCACUUCUGGCUUAUUGGCCGUCGCCAUCCGGUCAUACGCAACCCCAGCUCUGUGGGACCUGGGAUUCGAACCCUGGUGUAUUCGUUAUUGAGCGUUUGUAAGUUCGGAGCUCCACCAUUGGGCCACGCGCCCGUUGUCCUGUCAGUUGUGAUCGGGAAUACUUACUGUCGUAGGAGGGUUACUCACUGCGGCUCAAUGAUAAACCGAGGACUCUAGAUGAUGUCAUAAGGAGCGACGGGACGAGUGUGUCCUCGUAACCCGACCGUCAAACUGCCGUUCAAUCACACCGCUUUUUUUCAAAGCACUCGACCAGUAGCUUAGUCACAUGAUGUCCAAGUCACGUGUUCGUCCAUAUACUCGGGAAGCAAUGUGGUGGUCGCAUCGUAGAUGACCAGCUAUGACAUAUUCAACAAUGAAUAACCUAUCUCCGUCCCUCACGCACGUAUUCAUUGCAUACUAUAUUUCGUGUAGGUGGAAAGGACCUACACACGAUCCGGCGAUUCCCUUACAAUGCAUGUCAGAAUGGCUACCACAAACGAUGAUGAGUUGACAGAACAUGUGCACAUUAACUAUGUGCCAGACGUCACUUCGGAGUAG